UGCUCUCCUCCUAAAUCACUUUUCCAUCAGUCAUCUCUGGGGUGAAUCCAUUCACUCCUGAGUUCUUGGCGUAGACAGGAUGAAGUCAAAAAAGUUGUCAUCUCUGGAGGCAGUCUUGAUUGCCCUUUUUGUGUUGAUGACCGCAGUCUGUGUUGCAUUAAUAGUGGUGAAUUUUCUUAAGGAUUCAAAAUCAGAAGACAAUGACUGCAGUUCCAUAUAUCAUCUCUCUGGAUCUUCGGGAAGCUUUUCCAGUUUAAAUUACCCUUCAAGCUAUGAGAACAAUAAAAUAUGUGCGUGGGAAAUAACAGUUCCUGAUGGCAAACUAGUCCACUUGUGGUUCACAGAGUUCCAGGUAGAGAGCAGCACACUUUGUAGUUCAGAUCACAUCACUGUUGAAGAUAAUGUGGGCGUUCUGGGCACAUACUGUGGGCACUUAACUCCUGGUCCUAUAGUUUCAGUUGGAAACAAGCUUUUUGUAAAAUUUACUACUAAUGAUAAAACAUCAGACAAGGGAUUUCGGGCAAGUUAUGAGGCUGUGGAUCCAAACAAGGUGUCAGAUAUUGUGGGAGGAGGAGGCAUUUUACAAGGCAACACUGGGGAGUUCCAGUCCCCAAGCAUAUAUCGAAGCUCGAAUGAUGUUCUGUAUCAGUGGAAAAUCACAGUUGAUACUGGCUACAGAGUUAAGUUAUCCUUUACAACAUUUGACCUUGCAACUGCAGGAUCAGUUGGAUGUACAGAGAUGGUUGAAGUUUUUGAUGGAGAAGAGAAAGGAGCACAAAAAUUAGGACACUUUUGUGGAAAAGAAAUUCCUGAUCCUGUUGCUUCUUCUGGAAACAGAAUGAUUGUCCGUUAUAGACCAAAUCCACAAGGGACUCGAGGAAUAUUCCAUGCUAAAUACGUUGGAUUUCAAGGGAGUGUUAUUCCAACUACUAACACUUCUGCCUCCACUACUACCACUUCUGCUUCCACUACUACCACGUCUGCCUCCGCUACUACCACGUCUGCCUCCGCUACUACCACUACUGCUUAUAUUGAUUCUGGUUGUGGAAGCAAUUCUCUACAAGUAGGUCGUAAAGGCUUACUUCAUUCCAUGAACUAUCCAGACCCCUACCCUUCGAAUCUCCACUGUAGCUGGGUUAUCUCUGUUACUCCUGGUUUUCUUAUUAAACUGGCAUUUACCCAAUUUGCUGUGGAUGGGGAACUAGGAUCAUGCAAUGACAAACUGGAGAUAUCUGAUAGUGCUGAUUCCAUAGGGACUUACUGUGGGUAUUUGAAGCCUCCUACGAUCAUCACCUCCAGCAACAAACUGUUCCUGAAUUUUUCUACAGACACUGUGAGAUCAGAUCAUGGAUUUGAAGUCAAAUGGCAAGAGGUCUAUCCGGAUGACAUUGAAGAAAUUCAGUCCUGUGGUGGGAGCUCCACUGAAGAGAAUGGUGUUUUUACAUCUCCAAACUGGCCCUAUUCUUAUAAGCCCAACCAGCUGUGUCUCUGGCACAUACAGGUUCCCCAAGGAAAAAGGGUGACCAUUAAAUUCUCUAAUUUUAACAUGGAAGAUCCAGACCUGACCACCAAAUUGUGCUUCGAUUAUGUAGCUGCGUAUGAAGAGGUUUCAGAAAAGACAGUAAAAUACGGUCCUUUCUGUGGAAUUCCAAUCCCAAGCACCAUUUCUAGUCAGAGCAAUAUCAUCACAAUCAGAUUUUCUAGCGACCUCUUCACUGAAGGAUCAGGAUUCCGAGGCUACUGGACUACCAAUCCAUUGCAGGCACCUCCCACAGAUGCACCGGAAACACCCAACCCUUGGGAUAAUAUAACAAUCGAAUGGCCAUCCAAGUGUGGACUGCCCACUUAUCCCCCCCAGAUCAAUACCAGAAUAGUCAAUGGAGAACGUGCUGUUCCUCACACCUGGCCUUGGCAAGUGUCCAUGCAGGUUUGGCCAAGUUCUCGUAACGAAACCAUUUUCUUCCACACAUGUGGCGGCACUCUCAUCCAUAAGAACUGGGUCCUCACAGCAGCCCACUGUUUUAUUAAUUAUGCAGAUGAGUUAUAUCGCUGGCAAAUGUGUAUUGGCAAACAUAACCUAACACUGGUGGAGCCAAAGGAGCAAUGCUUCAAAAUUCUUGGCAUCUACCGCCAUGAAGGCUUUGGCUACCCUGCCGUUCUAGGACUGGAGUAUGAUAUUGCCUUGGUCAGGCUGGAUGGUGAGGUGGUGGCUAAUGAUGUUAUCGAUUUUGCCUGUCUUCCACCAAAAGAUCAGGUCUUAGCUGAAAAUUACCGAUGCCAUGCAACUGGAUGGGGAGACGAAACAGGAAAUUCAACGGCUCCCAAAGCUGCUGAGGCAUUAAAUCAAGUGGUACUACCUGUUAUUGGUUAUGAAGUUUGCAAAACUCCUCAGUAUUGGUGGUUCCAAAUAAAGGAAUCUAUGAUCUGUGCUGGUUAUGCUCUCCCUGAUGAGCUUAAGUCUGUAUGUCAGGGGGAUUCUGGUGGACCACUUGUCUGCCCUUCAACUACCAACAGCUCAAUCUGGGAAAUUCAUGGAAUUACCAGUUUUGGCCCUAUAGGGUGUAUUAUGGAUAAAAAACCUAGUGUGUUCACCCGUGCAUCUGCUCAUCUUGACUGGAUAGACGACACCAUCAAAAAGAAUAUAUUUGAUGUAUACUCAUCUGGCUGUUACAGCCCCAAAGACCUGAGUGACAGCAAGGGCACCUUCCAGUCAAUGAGUUAUCCUUCCUUCUACAAGAACGAUGCAAGCUGCCUUUGGAAUAUUGUAGCCCCAGCAGACAAAGUCAUUCAUCUUCAUUUCAGCAGUUUCCUACUUGAGCAAAGCACUGCCUGCAACAAUGACAGAGUCAUUAUCUCAGAUGAGCUUAGUAGCCUUGGUGCACACUGUGGAGCAUUUACGCCAAGAGAUCUUGUUAGUUACAGCAACACAUUAUCAGUGACAUUUAUUUCCAACAACAGGGUAGUGGAUACUGGAUUUUCUGCAACCUGGGAAUUUGUGGACCCCAUUACUAUUCCAAGCAUUACUUCUUGUGGAGGUCAUUUCAGCUCUGACAAAGGGGAGCUUAUGUCACCAAACUGGCCUAAUGCCUCCUACCCUGCAAGCCAAGCCUGCACGUGGAAAAUUAAUGUUCAGACUGGCAAACAAAUCCAUUUUGUCUUCAAAAACUUUGCACUGCAGGUUGCAAAUUUCUCAGGGAGCUGCCAGGACUAUGUAGAAAUUUUUGAUGGAGACAAACUUGGAGCAAAAAUGUUGGGUCAGUUUUGCGGUUCUACAAUUCCACCAACACUGAUCACAACAGGCAAUACUGCAGUUGUUAAAUUUGUCAGCAAUAAUGAGCGACAACAGCAAGGCUUCUAUGGGUACUGGACAACUAAUCUGACAGAUGUCCCUUACUCUCCCCCAAGGCAGCCCAAACCAUGGGACAAUGUUAAAGUGGAUUGGUUAAGCAACUGUGAUGCACAAUCCAAACCAUCUGUGGCUACAAAAUCUUUGCAACACUUUUCUUCAAUGUGGCAAGUAUCUGUUCAGAGUCAAACCCAACCAUUCCUGCCAUUCCAGCAUAGGUGUGGAGGAUCACUAAUAAAUUCACAAUGGGUUGUGUUCCCUGCUCAUUGUAUGGAUCAAGACCAGAAGCUCGAAUCAUUGAAGGUUUGCUUUGGACUUGACGUGGCAGAGAUGUGUGUUGGAAUUGAUGCUCUUAUCAGACACGAGAACUACAACUAUCCACAGAGCAAUGACCAAUCUUUUGAUAUAGCUUUACUGCAUCUAUCAAGGGAGGUGACUAACAUGCAACCAGUUUGUCUUCCUGAUUCAGAAGAAUUCCCAUCACCAGGAGAGCUCUGCUACUGGGCAGGUUGGGCUGCCAUAGGUGGACUGGAUUCUGCUACAUCCAAGGCAAGGUUUCAAACUCCAAUACCCAUCAUGCCUUUUGAAAUUUGUAGCCAGCCCAGAUAUUGGGAGAACCAUCUAACUACAUCAAUGUUAUGCACUGGAUUUGACUCACUUUCGAAGCUUAAGUCUAGUUGUAGAAGUGACGCAGAAGGAGCUCUGAUUUGUAAAUCUACUACAGGCACUGCCUGGGAACUUCAAGGAAUCACAAGCUUUGGGCCCAAGAACUGUCUGGUAGAUAGAAAGCCUCAGGUCUUCACCAGAGUGUCAGCCUACAAGGAGUGGAUUUCAGACCAGAUCAAAAAAUACACUUAUGAAAAAACCUUUGCAUAGGCCGUUCUCCAUUUAUUAUUUGGACUGCACUAAAAGAAAAAGCAACCAUAUUUAUACCUAAUAAGGAGCAGCUAAUUACACAACUAAAAUACCUAAAUGUUGUUGUUUUUUUUUUUACCUAUUGUAAUUUUGUUGAGCAUAGUUGUGAUUCACAUACCUGUAGACAGAGAGCAGACUGGAGAAACUGCAAGUAAAUUUGUUUGUCUGCUGUGCUGUAUACCACACAUCUCACAGCUGAUUAAUUAGAGUUGCAAAUCCUUUGGUAGGUAAAACAAUUCACACUUAUAUAUUUCAAAUGUGUAUUUAACUUUUUGCCUGGAGUUCCACCCUAAAUGGAGUUUAAAACACAAAAUAUCAUUGUGUACAUUUCUGUUCUUUUUAAUGUACCAAUAUUGCCACACCUGAUCAGUAUACAUAUUUGUAAGAUCUUUGUAUCUGCGUAAAAAUAAAGGAAUAAUUACAAACCUGGA